CAGAAAGGGAAAGAAAAGAGGGAAGAAAGAGACUCAUUGAGCCAAAUUCUUCUCAGCGCUCGUUCUGCUACAUAGACUCUGUCUCUCUUUCUCUUUCUCUCUCUCUCUCUCUCACACACACACACCACACACACACACACACAGAGUUAAAAACACAAAGCAGAAGUGGACAAAGACACACGGUUUCAGGCGCCGCGGUUGGCUAUGGCUCAGGGCUCUGACAGCAAUGACACAAGUUACAAGUCCCCAUCUCCUGGAAGCAGACCGAGCUCCUCAGACGAUGCAAAGAAGGUGAUGCGGCGGGAGAAGAACCGGAUCGCCGCUCAGAAGAGCAGGAUGAGGCAAACUCAGAAAGCUGACAGCCUUCACUUGGAGAGCGAGAACCUGGAGAAGGAGAACGCCGCCCUGAGGAAGGAGGUGAAGCAGCUCACCGAGGAGGCCAAGUACCUGUCGUCCGUGCUGAGCAGCCACGAGCCUCUGUGCACCGGCCUGACUCCUCAGACCCCCGACCUCCUCUACCCUCCCCACCACAGCAGCUACCACCACCAGCACAUCACUGUACCACACUACCAGCACUGACCUGUACGACUACUGAGAAGACGUGCUGUGAACAGAUGACUGACCUCACUGGAGAGAAAGACUGACUGCAGAUGUGUCUGUAAAUGUAAACCAUUGUUCAAGGCCGAUCAAGGAGUAACACGACGGGCCGACAUGUCUGCCAAGCAACGACACCCAGACUGUAACAUGCAGUGUUCAAAACUAUUUAUUUUGCUUCUGCUGCAUCUCUUUGCUAUUACCUGAUCAAUAUCAGUGACCUGUAUGUACGGCUCGAUGAGUACAAUUAUCAACCAGUCUAUGUUUACAUUGGGAGAACAAAAAAACAAAAAACAAAAAAACAACUACUGUAUGUUCAGGUGACUCAGAUGAUACAGUAUUUUUGUAAAUUGCUUAUUUUGAGUGUCACGUGGAGCACCUCUGUCAUCCAUCCAUGUUUGAGUUUCUCGUGUUUUUCGGUGUGUUUUGUUGUGUUUCAGUGUGUAAAUGUGGAUCGAUAAUGCUCAGGAGCUUCUGACAGAUUUGAUUGUGGACAAACAAGAAUGUAAAGUCGAGAUCCUCAAAAAGGGCCUCGGCGUACCAAAAAAGACACGGCUGGCAGUGAAGAGUGGGCAUUCAAAGGGGUCUUGACUUGACUUGUGUACUGGUGAUAAUGCUGGUGUGUGAGAAGACCCAGCAAAGAUAUUUAUUAAAUGUGAUGCCUUUUAGGUGAUCGUUUUUGACCUCCA